GCUUAGUGAUGCGUGUCGCGAUCAAUGUAUUUGCCUAUUACCAUAUUCUUACUUGUAUUCAUCACCGAGUUUAUUCUAUUUCUCGGUUAUUCAUAUGUCACAUCCACCGUUCAUGGAUUAUACGUGCGAUUAACAAAGGAUCCCAAAGUCGCGAAGCAACGCAAAUUGAAGUAUGAACUUCUUAGAAUGAAGGGCGAAUUAUCACAAACCAGCUCGCAGGAUGAGUUUGCCAAAUGGGCCAAAAUGCGUCGAAAGCUUGAUAAAGGUGUCGCUGAUCUGGAAAAGCUGAAUUCCGAGAUCGCGUUUUCAAAGACGGCUUUUGAGCUCAAAGUGAAAUCGGUGUUGUGGGUUAUUGUGCAUGGCUCACAGGUGAUUAUGGUGAUGUGGUAUCGAAAGGCUGCGGUUUUUUAUUUACCACCAGGCUGGUUUGGUCCUGCCCAGCGUUUACUAUCUUUGCCUUUUGCACCUCGAGGUUCCGUCAGCGUCGCGGUUUGGUUUGCGGUUUGUCGAAGAAUGAUCAAAGCUCUUGCAUUGACGGCGAACGAUUUUGUUGUCUCAUCGGAGAAGAAAAUUCCAAAGCAUGAAUCUGUUUCCUCGUAAAUCUGUUUGCUGGGAUUUUUUCUUGUUUCUUCCCUUUUUUUUUUCUUGGUAUCCUGAGGCUGUUAAUUGGGUGUUUCUCCACAAAUUUUUUUUUUUUUUUUUGGCGUUUAAUUGCUUGGAUUCAUUCUUCACUUGUGUUUAGAAAAGACAGAUUUCUAAAUAUGGUUUCUUGAAGAAUACGUGCACAUUUUUAUUAGUGCAUUCUGAAACUCCUACAAUUGUUUGACAACUGUAUAAAAUAGACAGUAUGGAAUCAAUUUUUGCUA